AUGCAUCAAAUUCAUUCGGAGCAUAAACUUGUUCUGUGUGAGAUUACUAUUGGAUUGAUUAUAUCAAAUUUGAAUGAACCCGAUCAUAUGUUUAUUACUAUGUGGGCAUUAUUUUACAAUGUUAAAGCAAUAUUUUUAGGGAAGAAUCGAAAUUCUUGGGUAGGUUUAAAAGAAACCAUUGUUAUUGAUUUCAACGACUAUCUAUGCUGCUUCUUUGGUCCCUCAAGGAAAUCUUUGGGGUUAUUUGGCAGUGGGCAAUGCCGAGGAUUUGUUGUUGGCAGUAUUAUAAUCACGAAGAAAACUACAAUUGCACCUUACCGGGAAGAACUAAACUGUACUGGAAGGUGUGGUCAACCAGAUUACGAUACUCGUGUAUUUUUUAGAACAGUCUCUGAUACUUUUGAUACUUUACCGGUUUUUUGUUUAGUGGAUUUCAAUCCAUGGGGUAUUGGUAUUUUUCGUUCAUACAAGUGCAGUUCUUACCAACUUACUCAUGUGAGCAAUCAUCUUACUGUCGGGAGGAUGCAAUUUCUUGGUCUGACUUAUACUAACAUUACAUCAUCUGGCAUCACCAAUGAUUAUUUCACUUCAAUGUCGGAAGUAGAUCGCAAGUGUGCGUUGGGAAUUCAAGAUGAAGAAUGGAUUUCAAAUGAGAAGCAAGUGGCUGAGAAUAAUGGGCAUCACCUUGAAAUGGGGCUCAAGGUUGAUAUUGAAGUCAUUCCACUUUGGAUUCGUACUUAUCUAAGCAACGAGCUUUUGCCCGCCUAA